AUGAGUGGAACACUUGAAAGCAACAACAACCACACGGAUGAUCAUCCGACAACAGCAACAACAGAUUCAGUGUUACAUUCUCCGACCGAAGUGAGGACACCUUCAGAGCCAUCAUCACAAAAUAAUGUCCAUGCUUUGAAAUCUUCAAUCUCUGAUUUGGCAUUUGGAUUUGAAUCAAUAUUUAGACCAGAAUUUGAUUCUGUUUGUUCUCAUCUUCAAGAAUUAAUUCGAUCACAACAAAUCAUUGGAGAUUUAUUGAAAGAAGGCAAUACUGCCAUGUCAUCUGUUCCACACAUGAAAGAAAUUCAAGAAGUGCUUUCGCACAUGCCUUCUUAUAUCAACAAGUUGCAUUCCAUAAAACAAGAUAUGCAUCAAAUUCAAGACAAAACUCACAAAAUGAAAAUUAGAUCCGACAAGUUGCUGAAAUAA